AUGGACGGGACAUGCAGAGCCAACACAGUGACAGCCAUACAUGGACGGGACAGGAGGAGCCCAAACACAGUGACAGCCAUACAUGGACGGGACAGGCAGAUCCCCAAUAUAGUGACAGCCAUACAUGGACGGGACAGGCAGAUCCCCAACACAGUGACAGCGAUAAAUGGACGGGACAGGCAGGGCCCCAACACAGUGACAGCCAGACAUGGACGGGACAGGCAGGGUCCCAACACAGUGACAGCCAGACAUGGACGGGACAGGCAGGGUCCCAACACAGUGACAGCCAGACAUGGACGGGACAUGCAGAGCCCCAACACAGUGACAGCCAGACAUGGACGGGACAUGCAGAGCCCAAACACAGUGACAGCCAGACAUGGACGGGACAGGCAGAGCCCAAAUACAGUGACAGCCAGACAUGGACGGGACAGGCAGGGCCCCAACACAGUGACAGCCAGACAUGGACGGACAGGCAGGUCCCAACACAGUGACAGCCAGACAUGGACGGACAGGCAGGGUCCCAAACACAGUGACAGCCAGACAUGGACGGGACAGGCAGGGCCCCAACACAGUGACAGCCAGACAUGGACGGGACAGGCAGGGUCCCAACACAGUGACAGCCAGACAUGGACGGGACAGGCAGGGUCCCAACACAGUGACAGCCAGACAUGGACGGGACAUGCAGAGCCCCAACACAGUGACAGCCAGACAUGGACGGGACAUGCAGAGCCCAAACACAGUGACAGCCAGACAUGGACGGGACAGGCAGAGCCCAAAUACAGUGACAGCCAGACAUGGACGGGACAGGCAGGGCCCCAACACAGUGACAGCCAGACAUGGACGGGACAGGCAGAGCCCAAACACAGUGACAGCCAGACAUGGACAGGCAAUACAUGGAUGGGAUGGAAAGUGUAG